CUCUUAACUUGGGCACAAUAUACAAAGAUUUAAGAAUAAAUUUAGCAUGGAGUUUAGUCGAAGAAUCGUUGGAAAUGAACGAAAAAUUACAUAUGCGAAAAAAUAAAGCAAAAAUUCAAUCAGAAUUACAUAAUCAAAAUUCGGAAAAAAAGUCUGUUUAUGUUACAAAAAAAUUUGACUUACCAAUUGCACGAUUACAGCCACAAAGCCAUUAUCCAGAAUGGCGUGAAGAGAGAGGUUCAUGUAUUUGGUGCCGGUUUCAAUACAUGUCUGAGCAUGGAAGACACGACAAGAAUUCACCACAAAGUUAUAUGUGGUGUACAGUGUGUAACGUUCCUUUAUGUAUUAAUAAGCAACGCCCAGAUUGCUUUAUUAAGUACCAUGAACAUAAAUAA